GCUGGUUGCCCUUUAUUUUGCAAAAGUGCCAAAGUGUUUUUUUUGUCUUUGUGGUCUUGUUUCUCAGGCUGCAGCUGCGACCGAGGUCGCCCUCGCAAACGUGAUGCCUUGACCUGCUUCCGGGCCGGCCCUAGAGGACCAGCUUCAGCUGUGGGAGCCCGGCACCGUGUCGCCUCCCCUCUGCCAACGGGAGAGGUGCUAGGCAGGGACGGAUCUGCGGCCUCAAAACAAGAAUGAGCUAAAGUGGUUGAAGAACGCCACACGAGGACAAGAACACUCCACGAGAAGCUGCCAGCAAUGACGGUCUCUCCGACGAAAGCUGGCAGCACCGGCAAGCCGAUGAAGUCGUAUUUCAAUGCGGCGCAGUCGAAGGCCGAAACCGGGGGUGGGGCGGCACGGGAGCCAAUAUCGCUGCUGGAGCAGCUGCGGGACAAAUUAUCGUUCAAUGGGAUGGAAUACCAAGGUAAUGAUGUACGAACGAAUCAAGAUUAAACGGCCAAGUUUUUGUAGUACUCCCCCGACCCCGUAUUUUAUUGCAUGACCGAGGACGAUGUAAAAAUUCUUGAUUCCCCAAAACUAAGUACUCCUAUCUAAAUCGUUAAAACCAGAUUCUUACGAGCAUGUGAAGCCGCUCGCGGACUUUUGGAAGAUCCUUUCCCGGCGGUCCACGGGGACGAAGCGCCACGACUUGAUCGAAAACCGACGGCUCCAGCUCCCCAUGAACAUCCCCGACACGAUUGUUUUCGACAACAAUUUUCCCAAACCGCUCUGGCUGCACACCAACGAGGACGGGGGGUUGCUGCUCAAAAAGUGCGAGGAUUUCGAGGUCGGGGACCUGUUCAAACACUUCGAGAAGAACCGCACCGCGGUGCUAUGCAUUGCAAAUAUGUCUGGGUCUGGAAAGAAUGGGAUUUGUGAUGCUACUGCUAGCUGUCGAUCACUAUCACACAGAAAUCUGUAUUGCAUGAGAGGCAACAAGAGCCGGACAGAUUGUUGCCACUCAAGGAGGGCAUUUCUCAUGCAGAAUAGGCAUGAGAAAACCUUUGCGAAAGCUGUGAUGCUAGAGAAUGCAUCACAGGCAUCGGAGGCCAUAUACAAUUUGCAUGACAAACUCUUCCAGACCAAGACAUAUUUGCAUGUGAUUGGUGCUGCGCACCUACCAAGACGACGUGGACACGAAAAAGAGCGUGAACAUCCCCGUGGCCGUGAUGAAGACGGCGCAGGGGCGGUGUAACUCGGUGAAGCUCAUGUACGGCAACGAUUUCCGGGACUUGAUGGAGGAGUUUUUGAAGCAGCGCUACGACAUGCCCACCACCGUGGUGCAGAAGUACGUGAAGGCCCGGGGCGGCUACAACCACAUCAUUCGGGUGGUGUGGCGCCGCGACAUGCCGAUUUUGAAAUACAUCAUCCGGAACCAAAUCCCCAUGUCGCAGGGCUGCUUCUACGCGAAAUUGUACUCGGGGAACAAAAACAAGAAGCAAGUGAAGGUGAAAGUCCCGGACCGGUCAAAGAAGGGGAUUUUACGUGCGAAGUCGCCCCCGAAGCCCAGAAGCGAGAAGAACGUCGACGAGAACGAAGAAGACGACGGAAAAAGGGCGGCGGAAGAGGCGGCGAAAUUACUCGAGGAAGAGAAGAAAAAGCAGGAAGCCGCGGCGAAGCCGAAAAAACCCGAGUUCGACGAGGAGGGGGUAGUGGACGUGGUGCCGACACGGUCCGAAGCGUACGCAAGUUUGGACCAGGUGGUCAGAAACACGCUGGUUUGGCUCGGAACUGAAGCGGGGCUGGAGUUUGACGAAUUCGUCAUCGAUUUUAUCGACGCGGAGGAGGAUGAGAUCGUGGAAACGAUGCAGCUAUGCAGUGCGAUCAGGAAUUUUCUUCAUUAAACCGGACAGAGUACUAGAGCUUGCAUCUUCAAAAAUGCGUAUGAUAUUUAGGCAUGGACAGCGAGAAACGUGUGAUACAGCACUGGUUGAAGCAAGUAGAAGUUGAAGUACUAGAAGUCCGAACCCGAAGUGCAGAUUAUACUCUCUUGCAAUGCAUAGCAAAAGCGAGAGUCGCUGAUUUUAGCCGGGGGAGGAGACGAUGAUGGAAACAACUCGGCAACGAGUUCCUCUGGAACACGAAAAAACAAGGCUGGACUCCAGCUCACGGGAGUAUUUGGUCCCAAAGCGGCGAAAAAGAAGGCCAAGGUGGAGAAUUUGCAGAUGAUUCAGGUCCGAGCGUUCAGAAUACGACCCUCGAAGCGCUUUGGGUACACGAUGAAGAUAGAACGCCCGCUGGAUUCCUUCAAAUUCAAGGACAAAUUGGUGCACUCAAAGGUAUAUCAGCACAACGCGUAGAGGUAGAUGAAAUUGAAGUUCUUUUCUCGAAGAUUCUGAUUCGACGCAAGUAUGCGAUCUGAUUUGGGUUUUUAGCACGCGGAAAAGAAAAUCCAGGUGAGAGAAAGAGAUGAACACGAUACAAAUAUAAAACACCUCAGUGCGGCGUUUGCGGUUGCAGCUACCUUCCUUCCGAGCUCCCGCACGAAGUCCACACCCUGACUAUCCAAAACAUGUUCGAGCAAGCCAAUCGCUUAGGGCUUCACUUCUCCUGGAACGCAGCCACUCUGGCCGCGACGCAGCGGGACGCGAGCAACUACAGCCUGCAUAAGGUCUCCCGGGGGUGUUACGCGCUAAUCCAGCAACUGCGGCAGUUGUUUGAGAAAGGGGAGGAAUACGCGCAAUACUUCCAGGACAAGGAAUUUGACGACAAUGUGCGAAGUUGCGCGCAGUUGCCGAAGUACUACCCGAACAUCAAAGUGAAGAAGGCCAACGAGGAGAACACGCACGACAUGCCGGAGACGUUUGAACUGGACCCAGAUCUGGUCAGACUCUCCAGAACCAAACCCGUGGAGCCCGUCCACUUGCUCACGUUGCAAACGCUGAACAACGACUACAAACAGAUCCGGAAAGUGUACGAGUUCCAGGACCCGAUGUUGCGGUACAAAGUAGUGUUUUACUUCAAGCACUGCACGGGGAUCCCGGCGCAGUACAAAAACUGCGAAAUGGACCUGAAGUUCGACAUUUUCGACCACGAGUGCACCGUUCCUUUGAUUACCUGCAAAGACCCGUCCACGGGCAUGAAUGAUCCGGACUACAGUUACCUCCAGGACGAAAGUAAGACCAAUCCGGAAAACCAGUUUCGGGCGCCGGAGGGGUCUUUGCUAGGCAGGGCGUUUGCGUUCAAAGCGUUUCACGUGCUCUGCAAAACGCCGAACGGACUUGUACAGUGGGCGAGGGAGCACCAAAAACUGAAGAUUUUCCUCCGGGCGGACGGACAAAACGUCGCGACGGUAAGAAGCGUGGUCGUUGGUUGAUAUUCGCUAAUAGAGAUUAACUUGUGAUCAUCUAGUACAAAAAUGCGGUGCGGAGAAAGUAAACGCGUUGUGGUGCCUGUGUUUGGCAGCGGUUCAACAGCACUCUUCCUGAUGUUUGAAACCACCACCGACAGGUUCACGCCCCGAUGCAGAAGCUCGCCCUAGAGAAGUCGUUGAUGAAGAGCUUCAAGCUGCCCUUCAAGCAAGGCCCGAUCGGCUACACACACUUGGAUAUCUCACUGGGGGUAGGAAUUAUGAUUUAUGAAAUUUUCUUUACAUGACUGCCCCUGGGAGCACUUGGUACCUUUCUCCUGAGGAUUGUAUUACCGAUGGGUAUGUAAAUGUAUAUGUUUGCACUUGCUUGAAGAAGCAUGCACAUAAUAUCUUGUGGGAAUCAAACGUUGUUGUCCCAGAUUAUCGGCGGGGACGUGUUUGACGCAAUCUACACGCCCAAGCGGAAAUACGAGCGGUUUCUCUUCCUCCCCCCGAAGGAGUUUUCCGUACCAGAGCCCCUACCCGACGCUUGGCUGGAAUUGUUACUCAAUGAUGUCGAUCCGGGCACGAGGAGACGAGCCGAAGCGCCGGCGCCAGAUAGCUUGUCGAGACGGGUGAUCGAAAAGAUAAGGGUGGAAGACGAGAAGAAAGCCGGAAAACAGUAUUUUAGGAUUUAGGGCUAGCGAGCACGCGACUCAGUUUGACAACUUCUACUUCUGAAUGGCUAUGCUCGAUGUAGCAAUGCAGCAGGCCACUUGCGCCGUGGAUUUGCUGUAGAAUUGCAUGACAGCAGACGAAGGUCCUACUUCUUUUAAACGAAGAAGCCGCAAUUUUUAAGUAUUUAUUUCCCAGAUCCGGCCCCGUGAUUACCCCAACCGAGGAGCUCGUGAUGCCAUCCGGUUCCUCGGAAUUUGUCAUCACCGACGAGGAGAACUUCUUUUCCAUGUCCCGCCCCGCCUCCGCUAAAACCUCGUCACGCCCCGGCUCCAGCUCCCAGCCACGACCCGGCUCCGCGAAAGCGGCCUCGAGCUCUCGACCCGGGUCCGGCGUCGUCAAGAGCUCUUCCCGCCCACAGUCUGCCACGUCAAACCAGGCGGGGAAUCAGCAGCAGCAGCAACCGAGCGCGAUCCCAGACGAAGACGCACGAGUGGUCUAUACGGGGACGAGCAGCAGCUCUUCUUCGACGAAUAAGCGGAACUACCGUGGUCGAUCCGGUUCGAACGCCAGCUCGGGUCGCGGGAGUAACUCCGUUCCCCGGAGACCCCAAUCGGCCAACACCAUCGUGGAGCAGCAGCAGAUGCGGUACUCUUCGAUGGAAUCCCCGGUCACCGCCGGCGGUUCGGGGGGAAUCGGCAUGGGAAACAGAAACAAUUCUGGCAGAACCCCGGGAGGAGCGCGCAGGCCCGCGAGCGCGAGACCGCCGUCCGCAAGACCGGCGAGCGCCAGUGCCAGGGAGCAACAGGAUUUCUUCUCGGCGAGAAGAGCCACGGGUGGUGAGCCAGGAGUAGAACAGGAACAGCAGAUGGUCUCCUCGUUCGGAACAGCAGGAGGACAGCAGCAGCACAUCCGCAGCUCCUCCGCAAAAACUAGUAACAAAGGCGGACAUCAUCAGCCUCCGAGUAUGAGCAUCUUGACCAGCACGGGAGUACCGCAAACCUCGGAGUCGAGGGUUCUCAGUCACUACGAAAACCUUAUUUCCGCUUUGGAUGAAGACGCACGAGAUACGGAGAUGCAGGACUUCGAUCCCGAUGAGGAAGAGGAAGAAGAGUUGGACGACGCUACGCAAGAAAAAAUCAUCAUACAUGCAUGAGGCGCACUAGACACAAUAUUCUUGAAGUUUUUCCAACUACCGAUGAACGCAUGGCUGAACAACUUGUCAUGCUGACUUGAAUGCGGUGGCGGUCCAGGGCGAAAAAAAUUGUCAUUCUCAUUCAGUCGUGUUAGCAUAAUUCGUGCGUCUAUGGUGAAAAAUUGCUUACUUUGGAUAGAUGACGACGAAAUCGUCCUCGGUGCGAAUGACGAGAUGGAAAUUAUCCACGCACAUCAUGCAAACAAAUCCCCGCACGCGAUGCACCAGCACCCGCUGCCCCACGACACGAGCUACGCGCCGGCACCGGAACCCUUGUUCCUCGAGGGCCAAUUACGCGCGCUGCACAACGUCGGCGCGAUUGGGGAAAAAUGGUACGUGAAUCUGUCGAUUUUGGACGGCAUAUUCCACCUGGAAAAGGAGACGGAGCUAGUGGUGGGCCCGCGGCUGCGCGAAACGUUCGCUAGACAAGUGGUAGGGCCGCUGGACGACUUGAAGUUCUGCAUCAAACUCGACGGGCUGGACACAGAGAGCUUGGCAUACAUGCGGAGGGUGCUGGUACAGAAAUUGAAAACUUUUGCACAAUGUCCUCCUUCCCUCACCCUACCAAUCUACACAGCUGCCUGAUGUCGAAUAUUUGCCGCGUGGCCGCAUGUAGUUCGCUCGCUUCUAGUACCUACUUACUUAUUUCGCGGAAAAAAUCAAUACGACACCGAAAACUCAGCUCCGCGUGAAAGCUUACAAGCACCUCGAGGGAAGCACCAAUGCAGCCGUCGGUGUCAAAAAGUCCGGCGAGUCGGAGGAGCUCCCGGUUUCGCUCGAUAUGGCCAACAUUUCCGACGUUAUCGUCGACAAACGCCACGCCUUCGGCAGCAUCGAGUUCGCAGAGCUGAAGCACCACCAGGUCAAGUUCCCGAAUGCGCACGUGUUCGGCGCGUUUUACCUGAAACGCAGACAGGAACUGGACGCGCAGACGUUGCGGCGGAUCAGUUGCAGCCUCACCUGGAACGCGGCGUACAAAAAAUUCGAGUACACCGAGGCAAACCGGUGAGGGCGGCGGGGAGGUGGUAUUUGCCGGAUCGCGAACAAGGCAGGGGGAGGGAGUGCGGAUAAGAUUAGAAAGCUCUCAACAUCUCAUACAACAAGAUCAUGUAAAGCAAAGAUGAAAUAUCAAACCGUAGAAAUAUGCUUCAUCCCAAGAAGUAAGUCGAUCCAUAUUACAUUCGACGGGACUGUGAAAAGUCACAUGAUUCUUUCCAUACAGAUGCAGGUGUAGCGACACCAUGCCUGAGGCCACUUCAUCAUGGUGUUUUUUUAUUGAAAAAACAUCAAACACAGCGACAGAAACGAAAUUGGCGAGUGCUUUUGACACAAGUAGAGUCGCAUCGUCUUCAGCGACUUGCUUCGUUGUGUGAAUGUUGGUGAAUAUUGAGAAUUUGUAGAAACCGCGUAUGUGUAGGGGUG